AUGGCCUGGCGGGGCGCAGGGCCGCGCGUCCUGGGGGGCCCCGGGGGCGUCGGGCUCAGUCCGCGGCGGCUGCUGCUGCUGCUGCUGCUACUGCUCGUGGGGCCGGCGCGGGGCUUCGGGGACGAGGAGGAGAGGCGCUGCGACCCCAUCCGCAUCUCCAUGUGCCAGAACCUGGGCUACAACGUGACCAAGAUGCCCAACCUGGUGGGGCACGAGCUGCAGACGGACGCCGAGCUGCAGCUGACCACCUUCACGCCGCUCAUCCAGUACGGCUGCUCCGGCCAGCUGCAGUUCUUCCUUUGUUCCGUGUAUGUGCCCAUGUGCACAGAGAAGGUCAACAUCCCCAUCGGGCCCUGCGGCGGGAUGUGCCUUUCAGUCAAGAGACGCUGCGAGCCUGUGCUGAAGGAGUUUGGCUUUGCCUGGCCGGAGAGCCUAAACUGCAGCAAAUUCCCGCCCCAGAACGACCACAACCACAUGUGCAUGGAAGGGCCAGGUGAUGAGGAAGUGCCCUUGCCUCACAAAACCCCCAUUCAGCCUGGAGAAGAGUGCCACUCCGUGGGAACCAACUCGGAUCAGUACAUCUGGGUGAAAAGGAGCCUGAACUGCGUUCUCAAGUGUGGCUAUGAUGCUGGCUUGUACAACCGCUCAGCCAAGGAGUUCACCGACGUCUGGAUGGCCGUGUGGGCCAGCCUGUGCUUCAUCUCCACCGCCUUCACUGUGCUCACCUUCCUGAUCGAUUCUUCCAGGUUUUCCUACCCGGAGCGCCCCAUCAUCUUUCUCAGUAUGUGCUAUAAUAUUUAUAGCAUUGCUUAUAUUGUCAGGCUGACUGUAGGCCGGGAAAGGAUAUCCUGUGAUUUUGAAGAGGCAGCAGAACCUGUUCUCAUUCAAGAAGGCCUUAAGAACACAGGAUGUGCAAUCAUUUUCUUGCUGAUGUACUUUUUUGGAAUGGCCAGUUCCAUCUGGUGGGUUAUUCUGACGCUCACUUGGUUUUUGGCAGCGGGACUCAAAUGGGGUCAUGAAGCCAUCGAAAUGCACAGCUCUUAUUUCCACAUCGCAGCCUGGGCCAUCCCUGCGGUGAAAACCAUUGUCAUCUUGAUUAUGAGACUGGUGGACGCAGACGAGCUGACUGGCCUGUGCUACGUGGGGAACCAGAACCUGGAUGCGCUAACGGGCUUUGUGGUGGCCCCACUGUUCACUUACCUGGUGAUUGGGACUUUGUUCAUUGCUGCGGGGCUGGUGGCCUUGUUCAAAAUUCGGUCGAAUCUUCAAAAGGAUGGGACGAAGACAGACAAGCUGGAAAGGCUGAUGGUGAAGAUCGGGGUCUUCUCGGUCCUGUACACAGUGCCUGCAACCUGCGUGAUUGCCUGUUAUUUCUAUGAAAUCUCCAACUGGGCGCUCUUCCGGUAUUCCGCAGAUGACUCCAACAUGGCGGUGGAAAUGUUGAAAAUCUUUAUGUCUUUGCUGGUGGGCAUCACUUCGGGCAUGUGGAUUUGGUCUGCCAAAACUCUGCACACAUGGCAGAAGUGUUCCAACAGAUUGGUGAAUUCUGGGAAGGUAAAGAGAGAGAAAAGAGGGAAUGGUUGGGUGAAGCCUGGGAGAGGCAAUGAGACUGUGGUAUAAGGCUAGCCAGCCUCCACGCUUUCCAGGGGGAAUGCCAGCAUUGGGGUGCAAGUGCUACUAAAAAGCUUCAUGCAGUGAAUCUCAGUUUGAACAAACUAGCAACACUUCAGUAACCACCCCCCCCCCCAAUAAUCCACCACCACUCUCCCACCGCUGCCCAUCCCCCAGCAUCAUAAAACUAGUGAUUUCGCUGCAGACUUUGGAAUGAUCCAAAAUGGAAAAGCCAGUAAGAGGCUUUCAAAGCUGUGAAAAAUCAAAACAUUGAUCACUUGAGCAGGUCGCAGCUUGGAGCGUGGAGGUCCUCCCGAGAUUCCAGGAAGUCCAGGGGAUGCUCCUUUUCCCUGCAGGGUGGGAUUUGAGCUGUGAGUAGGCAACUUACAGGGAGAAAGAUUAACUUUUUUUUUAACCCUUUAAAAGUUUUAAAUACUAACUGGGUCUUUCAGACAGCAAAGCAAUCUAUAAACACUGGAAACACUGGGUUCAGAGAAGUGUUACAAGAGUUUUAUAGUUUGGCUGAUCUAACAUAAACAUUUCUGUGGUGCACUGUCUGCUGUUUGGAACUUUGUGGAUUGCUCUCCCAAGAGGUGGUGUCAGAAUCUUUCAGUGCCUUUGUCGUAAAACAGAAUUGUUUGAACAAACAAAAGUACUGUACAAACACACAUGAGGUAUCCCGCGGAUUUUUCUUCUCUCUCCCUCUUAAAUUUCAACAGCUCCCUACUAGACCGCUGCUGUUUUCUCCAUUUUACAUUAAUGACUCAAAAUAGGUAUUUUUAUAGGAAUGUUUGCACUGCAGCAGGUCUAAUGAGGGGGGAAAGGAAGGGCGAUUCACUUUCUUGACAAUCACUUAAUUCAGAGGAAAAUGAGAUCUACCAAGUCGACCUACCUUACCCACCCCAGAGACCGAUUGCAUUGAGCACCAGGGACUUAAUAUAUUUUACUUCGAGUGAUUGUAUCUAUGCAGACGCCAGUCUGGAAGAGCUAAAACGUUACGUUUCUUGGCAACUUUGCAUUCACACAGAUUAACUGUAUAAUUUGUGUGUGUCCAUUACAAUUAAAAGCACAUUCUUGGACCAUGACUUAAUAGUUACUCAACUGACUUUAAAACUAUGGUCAGCUUGCAUUCUCAGAAUGAUAGUGCCUGUUUUUUUUUCUCUUUAGCAUAAGAAUGUUAUCAGAGUCUGGUCUACUUGGCACAAUGGAGACUUUUUCAAUUUUGUAAAGGGAGCUAAGGACAACUAAUCCAACUAUUUGGUGCAUAAUUGUUUUCUAGUAAUUGGCAAGGGCUCCGUAUAAGAUUUCAUUGGAGGCAGUGUGGCCUGGAGUAUUUAUAUGGUGCUUAAUGAAUCUCCAGAAUACCAGCCAGGAGCUUGAUUGGUUUGUAGGGAAUAAAGUGUAGACCAUAUGAAAUGAACUGCAAACUCUUACAGCACAGGUCUUAAUUGUAUUUUGCAGGGGUAUCCAGAGCUUUUAAAAUGUAUGCUUUAUAUUCCUUGCAAGAGGGUACCCUCUAGCAGCCUCUCAAAAGUUGCAGUUCUAUUAAAGUUGUAACUGGCAACUCAACCCCCUGAGGUCUUCUGAUCACCAGAUCUUUGGGACAGAUUGAUGUAACAGGUUGCUGUCCUUGAAGUUCAUCUCGGUCUUUGCUUUAGCAACUUUGGGAUGAUUAUUUAUUUAUCCCUGCCCACCUCCCCACCC